AGAAGUUCUAGGCUCGUUUCUUUACGCAAAUACCAAUCAACUUGCCAGCCCUUGUCCACUCUCGCCCUUCUGCCCAACCAGCGACAUGUGUCUCCGAUCCCUAAGCUGAUGUUUCGAUCUAUAUGAUUACCUCAUAUAAGAACCCAAAACAAAUAGAAACCAUAUUUUUAUGGCCUCGACGCAUCUUUCAAAUCGAUCCUACCGCUUUUUCUAAGAUUAGUGACUACGGUUCGUCGACCACCCAAUUCUCGAGUCCUUAUAUCCCCUCAAUCCGUUAUAUUCGUGCCCCCUCAGAGUGGCCAAACCCGCUGUUACCAACGGGCCACAACUCCUCCUGAUACAGUCCCAAUCUACCACCUAAGAAACUCGUUGCCAUGCCUAGAGAGCGCAGGUCGCUUAGCCUCGAGGCUCCUGAGAGGAAGGGUACAGAAGACGCUGGUGCUCACGAGCUGGCCUCUGAUUCCGAUGAGCACUUCUCCGAUGCUCAAUCUUCCCCGGGAAAUAGCCAUGGAGCCACUUCUCCGGUACCUCGAGUCCGAGUCGAAAAGGUAGAUGACGAGCCGUCUUACGGUGAAGUCCCGGGUACGGAAGCCUACAAUAAGCGUACAGAGGACGCUGAACCAGACGAGAUUGCAAUUAUCCACGACCAGAAACCGCAAUCUAUCUCCCUAGAUAGACCUGUAACACCAGGAGGGCAUCCAAUUCCGAAGACUGUAGUCGAAGAAUCAGCGGACGCCCCUGGUUCUUCUUCAACUCCUCGUUACAACGAAAAUCUUCGUCGGGCAGAUGCUGAGCCAGACUUUAUCCGGAAACCUGACGGUACCGGCGAGGCGAAUCCAAACCCCUCCUCGCUUGAGUCCACCAAGGAAGCAACUGAUAAUGCGGCUGUAGCCCCAUCACUUAAGUCACCAUUGACCCAUCGACGGAGAAAGUCGUCAACAGCGAAGCCAGCGGGAAGUUUUGAUCAAGAGGAUGUUAACGGCGAUGAUGUUGAUGGCUUUGGUGACGGCUUUGGUGACGACUUUGGUGACGACUUUGACGAGUUUGAAGAGGGUGAUGAAGACGCUGAUUUUGGCGACUUCGACGAUGGCUUUCAAACGGCCGAGGCAGAAGCACCGGUUGCUAUAUCGGUUCCUCAGCCUCAGGCCUCAAUACCCUCAUUUCCAAUAUUAGAGCUGGAUGGUCUCGACUCAGAGGAUAUUCUAGCUGCAACGGAGCCAUACUUGGACGCACUGUUUUCUCCUGAAAUACAGGAGCUCCCAGCCCUGCCAUCGCCACCAAAGGAAACCCCAAUCUUCUUCAACCCCAGAAGCGCCUCCCUCUGGUCACAACUGGCAGCACCGCCGCCUCUCCAACCUCCUGACUGGAUUCGAUCUCGCAUACGACGUUUAUUCCUCGUGUCUCUCGGCGUACCAGUCGAUCUGGACGAGAUAUUACCAGCCUCCAAGCAAAAGAAGCUUGUGCUACCAUCUAUUCAUCGGGUCACAUCAAAUGGCUCGCUACGCACAUCAUCAGAGUCACGCUCUGUCUCCAGGCUCAGGAAGGCAGAUGCCGAUAACAAUUCGUCGGCAUCCGUAGAUUCCCAGGGUAAGGAGAAGCCGAGAUCCACUUCGAAACGAAAAGGGCCGCCCGAAGCGCCGGAGCUGGAUCUGGUUUCCGCGAAGCAGCUCUGCACGACCACGGAAGAGGCGUUAGGCGGCAUGACGGACAAGGAGCUCCAGCAGCAUGUGAAGAAGCUGCAAGACAUGGAGGUCUUGGCGAACAACGUGCUCGAGUAUUGGAAGAAACGGACGGACGAGAAAAUUGGCGAUCGGGAGGCGUUCGAAGGGGUGAUAGAAAACUUGGUGAAGCAUGCUCGGAAAACUAGGAAAUAGGGGGGGAAGACUUUUAAUACAUAGUAAUACCUACUAAUGUCUUUGCGUCGGGUCUGUGUCCUGGUGGAACAAUGAUAUCUUAGUACUCGGCUUUUUAAGAGUGACUAAAGAUAUACAUAUAUAUAGGUACCUAUAUAUAAUAUAUCACAACCCGCCAUCUGUUAAGCAUA